AUGUUCUCGGUCCUCCUGCCCGGACGUCCACCCCUGCCUCCCCCCGCCCCCAUGGGCCCACAGUCGAAUCAAUUCGCCUUUUCCUUUCCCUCGACACCCCACUUCUCGCACAUCGUCGUCUUCCUCCUGCCAGGAAACGCCUUCCCGCCCGACACCGCCGCCGGCGUGCACGUGCAGCUCCCUGGCCAACAGGGUUUCCGCUUCCUCGGCGCGCUCGCCAACGAGAAGCAGAGCGCCAUCUUCAAGGUGAGCUUGCCGAGCAGCGGCGGCGGCGGAGGGCAGCAGGAGACGCUCGCGGAGACGCAGGUCGGCAUCUCGGUCGAGAGCGUCGAGAGUAUUCGCGGGCAGUUGGAGGCGUUGGAGGCAGAGAAGGCGCGUCAGGGGGGAGGGGCUGGCAGUGGUGGUGGUGGUGGGGAUGGGAGCGGCGCGAGACCUUCGACUAAGGUGCUGGCGCAGAGGAUUAUCAAGAAUGCGUUCAACUUCUUGGCUAGCUUUAGUGGGACAUUGGGGCCUGGUGGGCAGGAGGUCGUGCCGCUGAAGAGCUUUGAGGAGUGGUGGCGCAAGUUUGAGAGGCGCGUCGAGGUCGAUCCCGGGUUUUUGGAGCGGGACGAUCAGGGUUGA